UAGUACAGCUAUUAAGGCGAUCGUAAGUCUUAUGGUCAACUGCUUCGCUCCAAACAGCGGCUCGCGUAAAUGUAAAAUAAAAGUGUGCAAUAAUGGAGGGGCUUAGUAUUACUGUGAAGGGCUGGGAAGAUGGUCAGCGUUUCGAGCGACAGCUUGAAACGACGGACCGUUGGGUCCUGCAUGCGGCUGACGAGCUGACGCUUACAUUGAGCGAUGGAAACUCUGUGACAAUAAAGCAGCAGCCCAAAGCCAUCAACGCCACCCGAAUAGGCGUGGGCGCAUGCGUGUGGGAGGGCGAGCUCUUCCUGGCAGCCUAUCUAGCCUCCCUGCCCCUGUACCGCUACAUCGGCGCCCGGGUGGUGGAGCUGGGCUCGGGGCCGGGGCUGGUGGGCAUUUUGAUGGCCAAGAUGGGGGCAAAGGUCCACAUCACGGAUAUCCCCAGGGUUCUGCCGCUCAUAGAGGCAAACAUAGAGGCCAACGGGGUGGGGCUGCAGCAGAGGCGCGGCGCCGCUGCCGGCUUCGCGGUGUGUGAGGCGCUGGAGUGGGGCACGGAGGGCUACGAGGCGGCGGCGGGGCGGCUGGCGGCGGAGCGAGUGGACUGGUGCGUGGCGGCGGACUGCUGCUACAUUGACCAGGAAGGCACCAGCCCCAGCACGCCCCACUUUGUGCGCACCUGCGCGCUGCUGUGCGGCCCCACCACCCGCUGCCUGGUGUGCUUCGAGCUGCGCAGCUCCGAGGUGCGCCGCGUGUUCGAACAGGAGGCGGGCAGGGCGUUCGAAAAGGUGGAGCGGCUGCCGCCCCACACGCUGCCCAAGCCCUGCCAGGUGGAGCACAUCCUGCUGUACGAGCUCAGCGGGGUACGGCAGGAGGCCCUUGCGGCGCCCGUGGGGGACGCGUCGUAAGCAAGGUGGUUCGCGCUGGGUAAGGAGGAUAGGCAUGGGAGAGGGACUUGAGUUUGGUAGGGGAUACCGGUACUUAUUUGGUAGGGGAGGGUGAGAGAGGAGGAGGCCUGGGGCAUGGGGAGGAAGGCAGGUAGGCUUCGGCGCUCAGGGAAGCGCUGCAGGAUUGUAACGUUCCGAGGAGAUCUUAGGUGGACUUUGUGGGGAGUGCAAGCUCCAAGCUCGCCUAGCACUAUGCUGUGCAUGCACGUAUUUCUCCAGGAAGCCUUAUGCCAGUUCUGUGUACAUACUUUUGUGUGUCUCUUGAGAGGGUAUGUGAGGCGGGAGGAUGUUUCUGUAAGUCCCCGAAAGCAUCGUGAGGAGGGCAACGAGAUAGGCCCUGCGUAGCCGGCGGACCGACUCUGGAAGCUGUGAGGACGUGUAAAAUUCGAAGUGUCC